ACAGCAAAACAUUUACAUUUGUCAUAAAUGUAGGACAGAGUAGUGUGGUCGUCAAUUAAAUAUUUAAUUGACUGAUCGAGUAAUCGUGAUACAACUUUUACUUAUAUUUAUUUUUCAGAACUUAAACGACUAGUCAAACCUGGUGCUAUUAAUCAUGUCGGUGAGAUUCAUUCUAGUAAAUGGGAAACUUAAGGAUCAUGAAGGGGGAGAAGAAGAGAACGGUGCGAAUAUAGAAAGGGAACAAGUGCACAUUCAGGUAGAGGCUGUAGUGAAAGUCAGAGAUCUGCGGGACAGAUUAUAUAAAGAGGUCUACACACAUAAAAAUUCAAAGCGAAACAUUUCCAGAGAAGAUUUGAAGGAAACGGAUUUCAUUUUCAAAUGUGAGAUGGGGGACGACAAAAAGUUGAAAGCGGUGAGGAUCAGUAAACAAGAUGUUCUGAAUAUGGAAGCUACAGAGGUUGAUUUGCAUUCUAUGGUUGGAGUACUUUGGCGUGACCCUCAUCAUAGGGUGAGAGAGAUCACUUUUGGAGUAUCGACGACAUAUGAUCCUACCACCGCCGCCCAGAAUGCUAUAUAUUGUGGUUAUGUUGGGGAUUGUUCUAUUCUGGAUUAUGUUGAUCCGACUUUCACUGCUGUCAAGGAUGAUCAUGUUGUAUUCCCUAUAUUUGCAUUGAACAUAAAAUCUGCCACUGGACUGAAGCAAUAUAGGCGACAAAGAGAUGGGUGUCCAGGCAGCUUUAAAAGCAAGAAUACAGAGCGUUGGUUCGACAAUAUUGCUCCACAACUGAAUCAGAUAAUUGAUGACAAAAUAGCUGGAUUAAUUUCAACGGUCGAGAUGGAGAAAGAGGAGGAAUUGGUUGUGACAAUUGUCCCUAAACAAAACAAGAAAUCUGAGGACUCAACACCCAAGCGAUUCAGGUGCCAAGUUGCAGGUUGCCCGUAUAUCGCUACCUACGAAUAUUUGUUGCCCUCGCAUAUGAUAAGUCAUUCAGAAGAUAGGCCAUUUAAGUGUCCCGGAUGUCCCAAAAAAUUUAAGCGUCAAAGUCACAUGGUUCGGCACAAACCUGCUUGUACUGGUCAUACUGGGAGGAGAGUUGGCCAAGUCUCUGUUGGACCACGAAUUCGAGAAAGAUUCUCUGCAAUCACAUCUCCCCCACAAACGCCAACUUGGUCCUCAGUCAGUCUUCCCCGGAAACUGCCAUUAAGCGACCAAACAAAUGUCUGUCUUAAGCGUGCUAAAAUCGUCACCAUCGACAUGAUGACGAGAGAGAUUGAAGACUUAAAACGAGACAAGAGCGCAUCCAACGUCACUAUCGACAUGAUGACGAGAGAGAUUGAAGACUUAAAACGAGACAAGAGCGCAUCCAACGUCACUAUCGACAUGAUGACGAGAGAGAUUGAAGACUUAAAACGAGAGAAAGUGCAGCUAAAAAGAGAAAGAGCUAAAGCACUAAAGAAAAAUUCCAUUUAUGAGUGAAUUCUGCCUUUAAAUGAUAAGACUCUCAAAUUUAGAAUAUCCGUGCUGACUAACUUUGUUAAUCAACAUUAAAUGUGAGUUAUACAUAAGUAAAAACAGUUACUGAAAUGAGCAAGGAA